AUGCCCACGCUCAACCGCGCCCGCUUCGGCCUCCCCGCCAUCUGCCUCGAUCUCGCCGUGCUCCCCAGCGGCUCCGCCGGCAGCCCCAGCAGCGGCAGCAAGGCGGCGCACGCCCGCGCGGGCGCGGACGGGCGGUUCGCGCGGAGCGCGAGCAGCGGAAGCAACGCGGAGGAGGAGACGGGGGAGAUCGUGGGGACGGAGGAGGAGCCGAUGGACGUGCGCGCGCGCAAGCAAAAGUUCCUCUUCUUCGAGAAGGAGUGCUCGCAGAUCAUGGCGCACGUGUUCGUGGGCAGCGACGCCGUGGCGCGCGACAGGGAGAUCCUGCGCAAGUCGGGCAUCACGCACGUGCUCAACUGCGUGGGGUUCGUGUGCCCCGAGUACUUCCCCGGCGACAUCACGUACAAGACGCUCUGGCUGCAGGACAACACGUCGGAGGACAUAUCGUGCGUGCUGUACGACGUGUUCGACUUCAUCGAGGUGGUGCGCGAGGAGGCGGGCCGCGUGUUCGUGCACUGCUGCCAGGGCGUCUCGCGCUCCACCUCACUCGUCAUCGCAUACCUCAUGUGGACCGAGAAGCGCGGGUUCGAGGACGCGUUCCGGUUCGUGAAGGCGAUCCGCGGCGUGGCGAGCCCCAACAUGGGCUUCGCGUGCCAGCUGCUGCAGUGGCAGGAGCGCGUGCUCCCGCCCUCCGCGCUCCCCCCCGCGCACCAGCCGCUGCUAGACGACGGCCACGACGACGACGCCGCGGGGGGCAGCAGGCAGGACGGGGAGGACAGCCAGGCAGCGAAAGAGGAGCAAGAGAGGGAGAGGGAACGGGAGAGGGAGAGGGAGCGGGAGCGGGAGAGCGUGGUGCGCGUGUACCGCAUGGCACCGCACUCGCCGUACGAUGGCGUGCAUCUGGUGCCCAAGGCCGUGCUGGACGUGGGGCCCCGCUGCCUCGACCCCCGCGGAGCCUUCGUCAUCCAGGUGGGGCGCACUGUGUACACGUGGAAGGGAAGCCAGUGCCACCCGCUCAUGGCGGAGCAGGCGGAGCGGGCAGCGCGCCAGCUCGUCACAUACGAGGGCCUUUCCCCCCACUCCCCCUCCCCCGUGCUGCAAGGCGCGGAGCCCGCGCCCCUGCUCUCCGCGCUCCACUCCCACGCCUCCCGCGCUGGCAGGCGGGCGGGCGCGGGCGGCAGCGGGGGCGGCAGCAGCAGCAGUGAGUGGGCGGCGGUGAUAGAGAGAGAGGGGCUCACGUAUAUGGGGCAGGACGCGCAUAUGCUCGCGGGCGCAGGGAGCAAGUCUCUUGCUGUCAAACCCACGAUUCCCAAACUGGCCUCCAUCCCUGGGAUGGCGGAGCAGCAGAGCGAGUACGACUAUGACUACGAGUGCUUCCUGCGGGCGCUCGAGGGCGGCACGCCCAAGCCCAUCGCGGGCCUCGCUUCCCCCAACGCCAAGGUGCUGCCGCACCACGGCAGGGGGUGGCUGGGCGCCACGCUCGAUGACUGCUGGGCCGCACUCGCUGCAGGGGGAGGGGGAGGGGGAGGGGGAGGGGGAGGGGGAGGGGGAGGGGGAGGGGGAGGGGUUGGGGAGGGUGAGAGUGGGGGUGGCGGAGACAGCAGUGAGGGUUCCGCCGUUCGUCUGCACAGCCGGUCGUUUUCCGUUGGGCACGCCACCCUCCCCUCGCUGUUCCCUGUUCCGCCUGCCUCCGCCUCCGCCUCUGCCGCCUCCGCGUCAUCCAAGCCUUCUAAGCCGGGGGCGUUGUCCCUGGGCGCAGACUCAGGAGGAGGGGGAGGCGCUGCCUCGAGCAAGCUCCUCUUCGCGCCUGUGCUGCGCAAGCCUCUGCCGUCGCUGCCGUCACCGUCGUCCUUCUCCCCGCGCUCCCUGGGCUUCUUCCCGCCCUCGGGCGUGGGCGCGUACGGGGCUGCGCUGCAGAAGUAUAGUCCCGAGAAGAAGGGCGAGGGGGGCGUUGCGGGCUUGCAGGGCACGGGCGGAGCCAGUGGCGCGGGCGAUGGGGACGGGGUGGCGGGCGGGCAGGUGGGCGCGGAAGCGAGAGGCGCGGGGGAAGCGGAGGUGCACGCGCUGGGCGGAUCCGCGCUGAGUGACAUGAAUACCGCCGCAGUGCAGGGGGCGGGGAUGGGGGCGGAGGAAGAGGACGAGAGUUCGGGAAGCGGGGGUGGCGUUGGGAGGGUGUCUAAAGGGGGAGGGGAAGCGGGCAGCUGGAUGCUGUCGCCGCGUGGGCCUAGGAACACGCCCAGCAAGCUGUGGGAGGCGGAGGAGGCAGGGCAGGGUGCAGCAGUGCAGGAGGAGCGGAGAGAGAGGGAGGCGCGGACACGGGGAACCCGAGGAGAGGGGUCAGGGACUAGGGAGCGAUCAGGUGCAGCGUCUGCUCGGCCGCUCCCUCCCAAGCCUUCGCUUCCCUCUGGCAUGCAAACCACUGGUGGUGCUGCUGCCCCCAGAGGAGGGAGUAGAGGGGUUGGUGUGGGUGGGAUGGCUGAUGGGUUCAUGGAUGGCGGAGGGUGGAGGGAGGAAGAGGAUGAUGAGGACGGGAGUGGGGAUGGGGGAGGGAGGAACAUGUAUGGAGCGCUGCUGACGCCUAGAAGGAAGCCUCCUGUGUCGGCCUUUGGAAGGGAGAGGGGGGCGCGGAAAGGGAGAGAGGGAGGGGAGGGUGGUGGGAGGAGAGGGCAAGGGGGUUUGGAGGAGGACAAGUGGGGAGGUGAUGGGGGCGAGAAGGGGGUUGGCGGUGGGGGCUUUGGUGGGGAGGAUGGUGGGUUUGGUGUGCCUGGGAUGGAAGAUGACGGGGAGAGUGCGGGGAUGGGGAGUGAUGAUGAGAGUGGUGGUGGAAUGGCGUUUAAUCUGCCCACGCCUAGGAGGGGCGGACCACAGAUAAAGAAGAUGUUUUGA